AUGAAAUCUUCUUUGCUUUCUUGCUUUUCUUGUUUUGUACAUAAAAAUCGUGAUAAUGUAAACGAAAGUCCUACUCCCUUAAAAGUAUUUCCCACAAUUAGGAACGAAGGUGUAAUUCCAACUGUCAACGUAGUUCCUAACACUGUUGAAAAUCUAGAGGUCACUACCAUCACUACUUCUACUGCCAAUUUCACGCAGGAUUUAUCCCCAUUAAAGAAUUCCGGAUCACUUGGAAAUGGUAAAACCUUUCCCAUAAAUAAAGGAAAUUCUACCGAAAGCUCUUUUUGUUGUGGUCGAAAAAACUGUAACUCUCCAAGAUCAACUGAUCCAAAUAAUUCCGGAAAAUCUUUCACUUAUUGUACUUCCAAUUGUUUUUGGGAAGAAAUUCAUACUCUUACUACCUCAAAAUUAACGCUUCUUUCCGAAAAUGAUCCUGAUUAUGAUCGCGUUAAGACACGAUUCGAUUCCACAAUUCAUAAUAAUGCAGAAAUCAAGUUUAUUUUAAGAUUACAAAUGUCUAAAAUGAUAACAGAUAAAUUUUUGGAACAUAAACAGUUAAUCGCCGAGAAUCAUGCAAAAGAUGGAAAUAUGUUAGUCCAUAGAAUGUUUCAUGGAACUUAUUAUGCAUGUAGUACGGAAAACUUGUGGAAUGAUGAUCGAAAAUUUUGUGCGGAAAGUUGUGGCAUGUGCGGUAUUAUUCAAAAAGGGAUGCUGAAAGAAGUUUCAAGACAAAAUCCACGAAAAUUAUGGUUUGCAAAGAAUGCUAGAAUUUCAUUGGAAUAUUGUCGUUAUGGAAAUGAAAAUUUAUUUACUAUGUUUGUUGUGGACGUUGUGAAUGCUCAGGAAGCUGAAAUUUUAGUUAUCGAUAACAAUGAGGCUACUCUACCAAGAUUUCUCAUCAUAUUUAAAGUUAAAGGAUCUAUUUCUUUUAUUUAG